AUGGAGGUGGGAACAUUAUUAAUGCAAGCAAACAAAACUUCCAUCGAUGAACAUACGUUACUUGAAGAAGGAAUGUCAAGCACAACAAAUGAGGGCAUCAAUGUGGCAUACAUACCUCACCUUGCUGAAGAAGUAACCGAUUUUAUAAUUGAAGACAAUACAAAAAGAAAAAAGAAAUUGGAAGAAAUUGAAAUAUUCAAAACAAAAAGAUCAGAACCGAGAGAGUACCUGGUUACCUGCGCAGAUGACACAUGCAGCUGGUUUGUGAGAGCUUCUAAAUACAGAAAUCAAGAUUUAUUCAAGGUACGAAAAUGCAUUCCAAAUCAUACUUGCUCUAUUGAAAUUGUUAUGGAGGAUCAUAGGCAAGCAAAAAGCAUCAUAAUUGGGGAAUUAAUAAAGAAUAAGUACAAGUCAAUCAAAAGAAAUUAUACUCCAAAUGACAUCAGGAAUGACAUGAAUGAUGACUUUGGAGUAAUCAUGGGAUACACAAAAGCAUGGAGAUCAAGAGAAAAAGCUUUGCUUCUAGUAAGAGGGAACCCCGAUGAUUCAUAUCAAAAGUUGCCAAUGUAUUUUUACAUGUUAAAGCAAGCAAAUCCAAGAACAGUAACACAUCUACUCACAGACAAUGAAGAUAGAUUCAAAUACCUAUACAUAGCUUUCUUUAAUGCAAUCAAAGGUUGGAGAUACUUGAGGCCUAUCAUUGUCGUUGAUGGAACUUUCUUAAAAAAUGCACAUGGCGGCACCCUAUUUUCAGCAUCAACAUUUGAUCCAAACAACAACAUUUUUGUCUUGGCUUUUGGAAUAAAAGACACAUAUGGAGAACCCGAAGGAUUGGCUAUUGUUUCCGACAGACACAAGAGCAUAAAGAAUGCAGUACAUAUAGUGUACCCAAAUGCGUUCCAUCGAGCUUGCAUGUAUCACUUGCUCAAUAAUUUGAAAAGCAAGUAUGGAAACCAUGGAGAAGAGCUACAAAUGAAUUUCAUUGUAGCAGCAAAAGCAUACACAAAAAUAGAAUGUGAACACUACAUGAGAAGCCUUGAUAGACUUGACAGACGCAUUAGACCAUAUUUAGAGAAAGCCAAGUAUGAAACUUGGGCAAGAUCACACUCACCAAUAAAAAUAUACACCAUGAUGACAUCCAACAUCGCAGAAUUGCUCAACGCUGCACUAAAAGCUGCAAGAAAUCUCCCUAUUGAUAUCCUAGUUGAAUGA